CUUAACUUCCCAUCCUCUUCUUCUCUCGUCGCUCUUAUAUCUCGAUUAAAAAUCGCCUCUGGUGGACAUAGCUGACGCGUAGGGGAUAAUUGGCUGAGUAUAAGCGACGCGUCAUGGCCACGGACGCCACAGAAACACAGCCACAAAGGGUCAAUGGCCGACUAGGGUCGAAGAAGACAAAGAACGGCUGCUUCACGUGUCGAAAGCAUCGGGUCAAGUGCGAUGAGAGCAGACCACAGUGCAAGAGAUGCACACGGCUGAAGCUUCAUUGUGCUGGUUAUCAAGAUGUCUUUAGAGACGUUAAUGUCUCGCGAAAACGUUCGGCGACUCCAGCCCACAACCCCAGCCAGUCGGCCGCCAAUCCCGAGCGCCCACUCGGCACCUUUCACGGAAGCGACGAUGAGUGUCGACUGUUUGAAUAUUUCCGCAAGAGAGUCGCCUUUCAGCUAGGUGGUUUCCUUGACGAAGACUUUUGGAUCACGACGCUUCUGCAGGCCUCUCACUCGACGUCAUUCAUCCGUCAUUCGGCGAUUGCCAUUGCAGCAUAUAUUGGGGAACGCAACGGACAUUUCAGAGCAACGACGCCUCGGCAAUCUUGCAAUGUCGCUUUGAACUACUACCAAAAUGCCCUUUGUAGGGCAAGUCAACGCACAGAAUCUGCCGACCCGGAACUGGUGGCCAUACUAACUUGUCCCCUCUUUCUUUGCAUGGAAUUUCUGCAGGGCAAAAAGCUGCAGGCCAUGUCCCUUUUCCUACAUGGACACUUUCUGAUGGAGUCUUGUCAAGGGUGGACUCGUCGGCACUCUGCUCUGUCCGAAUGGGCAACUAUCAACGAGAGUCUGCGUCCCAUGUAUAACAGACUUGUGAUGAUGGCAAAGCUGUUCGGACACAAUCUCCCGAUCUACUAUGCCAACCUACCGUUUCCGCCUAGUCCAAAUCCCACACUGUCCACUUUCAACAGCCUCAAAGACGCCCGGGAUCUUCUUUUCCAGCACUUGGUCGUCACCCACGAAUUUGUCAAGAGCUUGAACUCUACGACGGCUCGGCCGAUUUCGACGCACAAACACUAUUUGCAGCGACAGGAGGAGCUGCGCAUCCAGCUAGAUAUAUGGUACAGCGACUUUCAUCGAAUGUGUGGGAGUCUCGACGAUCCCGACCAUGCCGUGAUCGCGACGCUGAGCAUGUGGCAUGCCGCCGCGGUGAUCUGGUUAAGAAACCCGCUCGAGGGUUUUGAGAUGUCAUUCGAUGAGAGCCUCGAUUGUUUUCAGGUCAUUGUCGAGAAAGCCGACGAGGCUCUUGCUACCAAGCGACAAAUUCAUGACGCCUUCACCUUUGAGAUGGGGGUGUUGCCGCCGCUGUAUUUCACGGCUCUGAAAUGUCGCCACUUCUCAUUGCGCAAAGAGGCAUUACGCCUGAUGGGGAAAGGUCCGAGGAGGGAGGGACUUUGGGACAGGGAAGAAUUGCUUACCGUCGCAUCGCAGGCAUUUGCACUUGAAACGGCGGCUCAAUCAGACAUCACUUCCUUACCCUCCGAGCCCGAGCGCUUGCUCCGGGUGAGGAUUUUUCAGCAAGACGCCGGUCAUGAACUCAAGGCUGCCUUUAUUUAUAGAGAUGGUCAAGUCGAACGAGUCUGGAAUCAAAUUAUACAAUAG